AGAAGUAGUUUUCAUCUAGAGAGCUGUCAAAAGUGAAUUAACGUAAUAUGUUUCAUUUUUAAUAAUUAAAAUUUGAUUAAUAGAUCUUUUUGUCUAUAAUAGCCUCUCUACUAGCUAAUGAUGGAUAAUCCCGACAACGUUCGUUCUAAUUUAGCAUCGCUGAUGUGUAGACGAGAUGUUAUUGAAGCCGAACUUAUUAAUCUGCAUUCCCUAUUAAGAGAGCAAAAUGUAUCAAUGACUGAGCCUUUGGUUGAUGGUGAAGGCUAUCCCCGCAGUGACAUUGAUAUCUAUGCUGUGUGCCAUUUAAGGCAUGAAAUCAUUCGCAAAGAGAAUGACUGCAAAGCUUUGACUAAAGAAAUAGAACAAAACCUGUAUGCUCUUCAUGCUGAGGAAAAAGUGUCCACUAGUUUAGCUUCUUUAAAUAUACAACAAGGCUAUUCUAAACCAUUUGCAAGAGUUGAUUUAGUGGAUCAGAAUUCUCCAGCACAAAAGGCUGAUUUACGUGUUGGUGAUCUUAUAGUAAAAUUUGGUACCUUGAAGUACAGAAAUUUUGAGAAUCUUUCUGCUGUAGCAAGACUUGUUACCGAAAAUCUAAGGAAACCAAUUCAUGUAAGUGUUUUGCGUAGUGAAGAAUUAGUACCUCUAAUUUUGAUUCCUGAUCAGUGGAGUGGCAAUGGAUAUCUUGGUUGCAGAAUAAUACCCAUCAACAUAUAAAGAGUAAUAAAUUGAUACUUGAAAAUUUUACUUCUUCAUGAAAGGAUGGCUGUUCGUACUGUGCUGUAUUGUGGAAUCAGUCAAGUUUCCUGUUAUGUACAGUCAAUUGUUAUGUUUUGUGUGCCUAAUGUGAUACUUAGGUCAUAUGUAAAUAUGUGAAUUUGUAUUUAUUUUGUAUUUUAUUUCAAGUACUUGUGAGUAAUCUGCAUUUCAUUUGAAAUUUGUGGACUGCAUGGUUGUGUCACAGUAUUGAUGUCAAGAAAUAAAGAUCAGUACUUUUGUUUGAGUAUGCAUUUCAUUUGAAAUUUAUGGACUGCAUGAUUGUGUCACAGUAUUGAUGUCAAGAAAUAAAGAUCAGUACUUGUCUUUGA